AUGGAUCGUCGAAGACAAAGGGAAAGCGUUUGGAUUCAGUGCGUCGCGUUGCUUUGUUUAUUUGACUGGUGUGCAGCGCAGAUCUCUUACUCCGUUUCAGAGGAGGUGGACAAAGGCACGUUUGUGGGGAAUCUCGCUAAGGAUUUGAACCUUAAUGUACACGAACUGGAGUCGAGGGGUCUAAGGAUUGUUUCCGGAAAUAGUAAGAUGUAUUUUGAGGCGAAUUUAAAAACAGGGAUUCUUUACGUUAACGAGAGAAUAGACAGAGAGGAGCUUUGUCCGAAUACGAUAAAGUGCUCUUUGAAUAUCGAAGCCAUAUUAAGCCACCCUGUCCUUUUGCAUCGUAUUGGGGUUAAUAUUUUAGAUAUUAAUGAUAACACACCAUCUUUUGUUGAAAAAUCCCACACAUUUAACAUCUCUGAGUCUUCAACGCCGGGCGAGCGAUAUAUGCUACCGAUUGCAAAUGACGCAGAUAUGGGGGCUAACUCGGUAAAGAGCUACAAGCUGAGCCCGAAUGAACACUUCUCCGUGGAUGUACAGAGCGACGGUGAACAAAGUCUGUCUGCUGAGUUAGUGCUGCAGAAAGCGUUAGACCGAGAGGUACAGCCCGUUAUCCAGCUCACACUGACCGCUAUAGAUGGAGGAAAACCUCCAAGAUCCGGGACGUUACUUAUCGUUCUUAACGUAAUUGAUGUUAAUGACAAUUCUCCAGUAUUUUCUAAGCCGCUUUAUAAAGCUCGUGUUUAUGAAAAUGCGCGUUUUGGGACAAAUAUAUUAACUCUCACUGCAACAGAUUUAGACGAGAGCGUAAAUGGAGAGAUAGUGUAUUCUUUCUUAAAACGUGGAAAUCUGGACCCUUCAAACAUGUUUGCCAUCAAUUCAGACACUGGUGAAAUUACAGUCAAGGGAAAUUUGGAUCAUGAAGAUAGUCCUGCAUUUGAGAUUCGAGUUCAGGCGAUGGACCGAGGGCAUUCACCUCGCAGUGCACAUGGUAAAGUGUUAGUUGAUGUUAUUGAUGUCAAUGACAAUGCCCCAGAAAUCUUAGUGACGUCACUCAUGAGUCCAGUGAAAGAGGAUGCCGAGAUAGGGACAGUGAUCGCCUUUGUGACAGUAACUGAUAACGAUGGAGGUAAAAAUGGCCUCACGAACUGUGAACUUGUAGGGUCUGUUCAUUUUAAACUAAAGUCGAACUACAAGAACUAUUAUUCUUUAGUGGUCGAUGGGCAUCUUGACAGAGAGAGUGCUUCUCGGUAUAAUAUCACCAUCACAGCUACCGAUGAAGGGGCCCCGCCUCUCUCCAGCACCAGCGUUAUUACUGUACAGGUUUCUGAUGUGAAUGACAACGCUCCUCGCUUCUCAGAACCAAUUAUUAAUAUUUAUGUCAAAGAGAACAGUCCGGUAGGUGACGUUAUCAAAACAAUAUUUGCUUUUGAUCCAGAUUCAGAUGAAAAUGCAAAAGUAACGUAUUCAUUAUUAGAUAAAAGUGUUUCAAUAUCAUCUUCUGUAAAUAUAAACUCAGAUACAGGAGAUAUAGUCUGCCAGCAGUCUUUUAACUAUGAGGAGAUAAAAACUUUCAGUUUUAAAGUUCAGGCUACAGACUCUGGUGUUCCUCCGCUCAGCAGCAACGUGACUGUGAACGUUUUUAUUCUGGAUGAGAAUGACAACAGUCCUGGGAUUCUCGCGCCCUAUUCUGAUCACGGCACCGUUAACUCUGAGAACAUUCCCUAUUCUGCUGAAGCGGGCUACUUUGUGGCCAAGAUCAGGGCUGUAGACUCCGACUCUGGCUACAAUGCUUUGCUUUCGUAUCACAUCUCUGAGCCCAAGGGAACCAACCUCUUCCGAAUUGGUACCAGUACCGGGGAACUAAGGACUAAGAGGCGAAUGAGUGACAAUGACCUGAAAACUCACCCGUUGGUCGUAAUGGUUUCUGAUAACGGAGAACCCUCACUGUCAGCGACUGUGUCUAUUGACGUAGUGGUGGUUGAAAGUACAGGUGAAAUCCAGACUCAAUACAGAAACGUACCGAGAAAGGAGGAGAGCUUCUCUGAUUUAAACCUAUAUUUGCUGAUCGCCAUUGCCUCGGUGUCAGUGAUAUUUUUACUGAGCCUCAUCAGUUUAAUCGCUGUAAAAUGCCACAGGACAGACGACAGUUUCAGAAGGUACGGCGCCCCAGUGAUCACCACACACCCUGACGGGAGCUUGUCUUACUCUAAAUCUACUCAGCAGUAUGACGUGUGUUUCAGCUCAGACACACUGAAGAGUGACGUAGUGGUUUUCCCCGCGCCGUAUCCACCUGCAGAUGCAGAACUGAUCAGUAUUAAUGGAAAUGACACGUUUGACAGGACUCAAACAUUACCCAACAAGGACAAGGUAAGAAUAACUCUCCUCCGCAGAUGCCUAUUCUAA